GCCACUUCCUCUCUGUAUGUUUAGGUGAAAACGACGUCGAAAACAUGAUCAAAAGCGCUCUGAUUCAAGGCGCUAGCCGCGGUAUUGGUCUUCAAAUGUGCCGUUAUCUGCUUUCUAAACAAACACCCGUGAUUGCAACGUGCAGAGACCCUUUAAAAGGACAAGCACUGACUCAACUUAAAACCGAACAUGGCGACCUCCUCUCGAUUCAUCGUCUCGAUGUCUUAGAUGAAAACCAAAUCUCUGAAGUGGCUGUUAGCAUUGGAGAUACGAAACUCGAUUUGUUGGUAAACUGCGCUGGGAUGCUACAUCCCAGUGGUAAAGGAGAAACCAGUCUGCGAGAAGUCGAUCUUCAAAGUUUACAGACGACUUUGGCAACGAAUGCGUUAGGCCCCUUGAUAAUGGCGAAACAUUUUAGCCCAAUGCUAACGAAGAGAAACAGUGCAGAUAAGAAUGCUGUAGCUGGAGUUCUGGUAAAUAUAUCAGCAAGGGUUGGAUCGAUCUCGGACAACGCUCUAGGCGGCUGGUACAGCUACAGAAUGUCUAAAUCUGCUCUCAAUAUGGCAACUAAAAAUCUCAGUAUCGAGCUUGGAAGAAAGCGAGUCAUUUGUGUGUGUUUACAUCCUGGAACAGUGAACACAGAUUUGUCCAGGCGAUACCACAAAAAUAUUGACCCCGCAAAGAUCUUCACUCCGGAGUUUUCUGUGAACUGUCUGAUGAAAGUGAUCGAGGGACUAGAAGUGAAGGAUAAUGGGAAGUUCUUCGGUUGGGACGGGAAGGAGAUUCCUUGGUAAAUGACGCAUGGGGUGAAUAAAUACAAAGUUGAUCGAGGAUUAUUUAAGACAUGAAUUGAAUACUGUAAGAAAUUCUUAUGAGGGACCCAGCGCGUGAUCAGCAGUCAUUGUUGGUCAUCUAAAUGACACUGGAACACAUUAAAGUAAUGAGCCUCAUGUGAGCUUUAACACUUGUUCAGUAUGUUUGUUCUUCAUACUGUUCUCUGUACAUUGCUACGGCACUGGCAAGGAGAAUUUCUGUAAUGAUCGCUGAAGAGCUUCUUAGGCUGACCAUCUUUUUCUGUAUUGUAAUGACCUUAAAGAUUUGACUCGGCAGUUAUGUUGCAACGAGAAAUAAGAUUCUAGUCACCCUCA